UUCGCAAGUUGCACAAGAGUGGAGGAGUGUAAGAAAUGCUGGCAGGUCUGGUAGGGCGGCCUUCGUUUGUCAGGGAAACGAAUGAAGUUCAUGCAUGCGAUGAAGGAAGAGUCGAAGUUGUCCUGCAAUCCGAGGAGUGCCAGCAGCGUUCAAGCUUUGACCAGCAUUGUGAGUGGUCCCUUCCAUUGUACCAUGAACACAGGAUAGAAUGACUCAUCAAGAAGGACAUGAUAGAACCAACUGCCUCUCCUGCACUAGCCAGUGUAUUUCGGGUCGCAUCGCAUUGGCUUGCGAAUUGAUGUUAAAUUGAUGUCAGCAGAUGAAUCGCGUCCUACCAGUAGAGACAGGAAUCCUGUACUUUUGAGGCAGACAACUUCUUGACAUCUGCAAGGAUUCCCAGUCUUUUUGGUGUGGUGGCACAGCUCAAAACUGGGAGCAUCCACGAACCUGAAAAAAACACUGCUUGUAAGCUGGCGAGCUUUGACGUUGAAUUGUUUGCAAUGUCUCAUUGCUGUCCCAUAUUUCUAUAUCAAACAAUGGUGAACAAGAAAGACUCGCACUCCGCUCACUCCGCUCACUCCGCUCACUCCGCCCACUACGCUCUUCGAUUGACCCAUUCGUCACGCGUUUGGAGUACACAGCAUGUUCUCAUUUCUCAUCCAGACGUGCUCAUCCACCACACAAGCUUCUUAGCCAUCAUUUUCAGUUCAAUACCUCUCAUUGCAGCUGGCAAGGAGACCCCAUCUUUCCAAUGCAAGGCCAGCAAUGCCGGAGAAGUUGACGCCAAAAGCUCGCGGCCAACCAUCAGUCUUGCCAAAGCUGCUGAAAUUCAUGAUGAGGUUCCAGGGACACGGUCGAAGCUUUCUGACGCGUGCACCGUUGCGCUGGAAUUGUGCGACAACCCGGAGAAGCUAUGUGGCUACUGGCUCUUUGCAAACUCAGGUUUGUUUGCAUUGGUCCUGGGCCCAAGGCUCUGUGCUGCUACACGGUACCGCGGCCCUGUAGGUGAAGCUGCGGAUGUCGAGUUGCGCUCGCUCAGCUGUGCGGUCUUGGGGAAGGUUGAGCGGCCUGGUUUUUUGAAGGUGCUGCGGGGUGGUCAAGAGGCCAUUGACUCUCCAUUGCACGAUGCAUCCACAUCCAGACGCACUAUUGAGGUUGAUGAGGAAGAUCAGAUCGUUGCGCACAGAUUCGGUGGAAGUGAACUGCGCUGGCGGAUCUUGAAGAUGGAAGAAAACCCGUUUGAAGGUGUGCCAGAUGCCGUCUUGCCGGUUGACAGCAAAGAUGUUCGAGCGCAGGCAGAAAACAAAUCACCUGGGCGAGAGCGCUCGAGGUCCCCAAGAGUCACAAAAUUUGAAGAUGAAGUGAAGGAGAAAGCAGAGACUCCCAAAAGCAAAAGCAGCAAAGUCAAAGAGAAGGCCAGAAAAGCUGACAAAGAUAAAGCGAAGGACAAGGUUAAGGAGAAAGACAAUGAAAAAGAUAGGGAUCAAGACAAGAAGAAGGCAAGGCAAGCACAAAAGCAUUGUGGCCCACAUGUCAAAAAUGAGCGAAGGGAGAAGGAAGGGAAGACUGGAGAUUGGGAUGUUGAGCGAGACCGGGAAAGACAGAAAGCCAGAGACCGCAUCAAAGAUGCCACACGGGAGAGAGAGAGGGGACGAGAUCGUGAGCGAGACCGAGACAAAGAGAAGCGAAAAGAAGCACCGAGGUCUUCUCGAGAACGAGAAGAGAAGCCAAAGCGACAUUUGGAGAGGAGUCAUGCCUUCGACAAGCAGAACAUGAUACCAUCCCAGCCAAAAGCCCAAAAUACACCGUUGUCGCUUCCAAGUGCUGCUGCGUUGCUGGCAGCCAUGAAGCAGGCACCAAUUGAACCAAAUCCAGAAGUCGAAAUGUUCUUGUCAAUGAACACGGUCGAAAGCCAUGCUGCAACCAAGCUUCGCUCCUUACCGCGGAACCUGCAGCGGCAAGUGCUAGAUAGAGGCUCUUUGAUGGGAGCACGUGAUCCGUCUGCUGUGCUCAUCUCACGAGUUCGUGAUGCCAUGAUGUCAUCGGCUCACACCACGCCAUCGUUGCCACUGGUGACAAUGAUGCUUCCCAAUGGACAGCAGGUCCAUCCUGCGGUGGAGGCCUUGAUCAUUCGUUAUGGCCUAGAUGCGCAAUGUGCACAACAGUUGCGACAGCUUCCCCUCCCAUUGCAGGCUGUGGCGGCUGAGUUGCCUGUACAUGAAGCUCGAAACCCCUCAGCAUUUGUCAUGGCCCAGCUACAGUUGCCCCGCUUCAAGCAAGCAGCCAAAGCAAUGCAAAUGCAGAAGCCGAUGUGAAGCCAGACAAAACUGCGUGCAAUAGGUUAUGUUGCCAAAGUGAGCAGCAUUGCUGAAGCAGCUGAUUGUAGCUGUAGCCCGUGUGGUGCCGAUUGAUUUGUUCGAAAA